AUGGAGGAGAGUUUGGAUGAAGUUAUUCAAAGUUACCUCACUGUUAUUGGUAUCUCCUUAUCAAUCACGUGUCUACUGACUGUUGUAAUGACAUACGCUCGGUUUCCAACAUUGAGAACAAUCCCAGGCCUCGUCUUGCUUGGGUUAUCACUAUCGUUGCUGGCAUAUCAAGCUCUCCUAUUGGCUAGUCCUUAUACAACAUCAUAUGGAUGCAAAGCUUCUAAUUCAAGUCGCUCUGGUUUUAGCCGUUAUGUCACAUUUGCCCUGUCCAUUCCAAGCAGCAUUGUAGCGGUGACGUUUAUUCUGGGGGAAACCGAAGUUAUUCACGUUGGAUAUGGCGAAUCACAAUCUUGUUGGAUUAGUGAAAAACUAGCUUUGAUAAUAUUCUUUUAUGUUCCUGUGGCAAUCAUGCUUGUGUUCAACGCUGUUUCUUUGAUACGGACUAUCUUCAGUAUUCGUAAUGACACCAAGUUGACAAAAAGUGUUAAAAGAUCGGUUGAAUCCAACAAACGAAGUCGAAAUGCAAAGAUUUACAUGAAGCUAUCGACAGUGACGGGGGUGACUUGGCUCUUGGGAUUUGGUGCUGCGCAUAACACAAUUGUCGCAUAUCUUUAUGUUAUUGUGAACAGUUUACAAGCCCCCAACAAUCUUCGUUCAAACUUUAAAUAG